GUCCUUCCCGGUCCCCACAGCAAACCCUCUGGCAGUGAGUGGACGAGUGAUGCGUUUCUGUUGGCGGUGCUAACUACACGUUCGUGUUGCCCGGUUAUUUCUCUGUUUUUUACACAUUUUUCUUCCACCUGAACACAUUGGGAAGGUAUACGUAUUAACUUUACUGGCUUGAUAGAAGGAAUAUUAAGACCGUCGAGGGGAGUGGACCUGUUUUCAUUUGGACUGACGCUAACAUGACUACCAUCACCCUAACGUUCGCCGCAGUUUUAACAGUUCUCCACUGCAGUGCAGAUCAACUUCCUCCGCCGACAAAUCUGAAGUGUAACUUGCCCGACCAGAUCAGUGUUAACCUGACCUGGUCCUGGCAGAGGCCCAGCAACCUGCCAGAGAACUGUAAAAUCUAUUAUGUAAUCAGCUAUCCAGAAGGACCCCAGCGCACAAAUGCGAAAUACUUUGAACACCGUUGUCCCAUGAAUGUCCAUAACUACACUGUUAAAGCUGUUGGCGUAGAAUCCUGUAAUGGUUGGACCCCCAGCACACCUGUUCCUAUAAUCAACCAGAUGUUACAAGAUAAAGUGGUGAAAGACUUCAGAUGUGUCCCUCGCAGCAGUGGAAUGAACUGUUCCUGGAUCCCAAAAGAUCGGUCUCUUGACCUGACAUUUUCUUAUUGUGAUUGUAGUUCCAAUUCGAAGGUUUGCAAACCUGUAAAGGACUGUGAUCUUUACACCAGUGGAAUAAGGAAUGGCUGUUUGAUGAAGGAAAUUAGUCCCAACGAACUUGAAAUUGGCUUUCUCGUGAAAAGCACAAAUGGACUGGACGUCAUUAAACCUGUCUUUGUUUUACCAUCACCAAAGCUGAAAGUCACAGCAAUCAGAGAUCUCCUCAUACUGAGCUGGACGCCUCCAAACGUUGGACCAUGGGAUUGUCCAUGGGAAUAUGAGUUGUGCUUCACUGAAUGCGGCAGAAAACAAUCUUGCCGGAACAUCACCUCGAUGAGUCGCAAUAUGUCCUACGAUGAGAACUGCAUGUAUACGUUUCGCUCAAGAGUCUUUCCCAGUCGUCUUUAUUGCCGACUAUUGAGCAGCAACUUCAGUGAAGACGUAAAAUAUGGGAUGACCAAGCCUCCUGACACAACACUGACCAUGAUUGCCAUUGUCAUCCCCAUCAUUCUGUUUAUCUGUGUCAUUCUGUCCUGCUAUUGCUUCUGGAAGCACAGUGACAUCAUUUGCGCAAACCCGCCAGACCCCUCGACAAUACUCAAGGAAAUGAUGAGUGGAAAUAAAGAACAUGAGAACAAAAGAGAGGGCCUGUACACACCUUUGCCAGAAGACGUUGAACCCUGCAUAAUUUCCCCCAUAACGGAGAACAGGAGGCUCCAGGAAAACCCUUGACAUGUGCAUGUACAACCUCCACUCAUGGCUUAUCGCUGACUUACCUCCUCAGGUCUGGUUGGACGCUUCAUGAGGAAUAAAGCAUUCUACCUUAUCUUGACAUAGAUACAUGGAACAACAGGGAACCUUGUGUUUUGCUGACUCUUGGUCACAUUCAGGAGAGGAGAGAUAACAUUUUUGAUUAAAUGUGAAAUUUAAAGGUCUAUUUGGAAAGUUACAGCUGCACUUCACUGUGGCCAUGAACACUAGGACAUUUUUAACCUCAGCACCUGUAAGGUGUUUUACAUACUUUUGGAUACCUAUGACAACUAGGAGCAAGGGUGUUUGCGUAUGGAUGAUGUCAUGUCCCCGCCAAUAUUUGGAGAAAGCCAGAUCAUCCCUACCAAUAUUAGGGACGGGGCAAUGAGUGUUAAUUUCCCAGAGGGAACCUCCCAAAGGGAUCAAUAAAGUCGUCUGUCUGAGUUCAUGUGCACGAAUGCUGUGAGAGGACAGCAAGGGUUAGCGAGGGAUUUCACGAGCACCAGUGAAUGCAUCACAGCCGAGCUGCGAGGAACAGAGGAAACGAGAGAGCGCAGGUAAUGUGCUGUUCUGAUAACAGAGCAGUGAGUUUUUAGGGUCAUACCUCUUUUUGCCUCCCUAAUGUUUCAUUGCUUUGUCUCGUGAACCUAGGACAGUUUGCAGGAGUUUGUUCAUAAUAAUAUAAACUUCUUGCAAACUGUCCUAUGUUCACGAGGUUAUUACAUGUCAUUUAGCAGACGCUUUUAUCCAAAGCGACAAGUAAGAGCUUCAAGUAAGCCAAACUAUAAAGUGCUAGUCAUAAGUGCGAUGUAUAAGCAAGUUUUUCUUUUAUAAGUAGUAUUAGGGUGUGUGGUGGGGUUACAGUCUUGUAACUAAACGUGGUGUGGAGGAGCAUUGGCCCUUGUUCCAACCAGGGCUCGAACCCGGGUCUUCUUGCUGCAAGGCAAGAGUGCUAACCACUACAACACCAUGUGGCCCAAGUACCCAGUCACCUCUGGUAAUACAUUUUAUUUCCUCUGGAAUGAUGCCUCUUGUAGUAGCUCUAAGUGGCUGUUGAUUAAAUGCGACAUAGGGUGAAAAGCAGGGUAGACCCUGGACAGGUCAGAGUUGUGAGUUAUGGAGGUUAUGUUUUUGCUGUUGUCUGUUUGACUGCGAGCAACAUAAUUCAAAAUGUAUAUAGAUUAUGGGCCAAGCAAGGAUUAGAUCUACAUAGUGAGCUAUGACAGACACUGCUCUGCUAACCUACCGUCAUAUGUUUAUAUGUAGUGGUAACUUUGUAUUAUAUUCUUUUAUUUUUGUCUACCUUUUAAUGUACAGUGUAUUUUAUGUUCAAUGCCUGAUGUCUAAUGCUGCUGGAAAAGAAUAAUUUCCCAGUGUGCGAUCAAUAAAGUGCAUCUAUCUAUCGA